CACUCCUCGUUUCUUGUUGCCUAUUUUCCGAGGUAGCGCUAACUCGAAAACACGAACACAUCCAUGCUGGGAAAUAACCGAAAAUUUCUCCAUAACAGAGAUGCCAAAUAAAACAAGAAAAGAAAAGGCACCAGCCAAAACUGGAAGUGCAGCAGUUAGCAACAACAAGGCCGCUCCAGAUACUGAUGAGGGAGGAAAACACAGACCCGGAAAUGUCCCUCCACCCACACAGCUCACAAGAACCAAAGGAACAGGACCGCUUGUGAAGAAAGAAAAAAGGCAGGGAUCUUCACGUUUUAACAUCUCUAAAAACAGAGAACUCCAAAAACUCCCACCUCUCAAAGAUGCUACUCCGAGUGAGCGAGAAGAGCUAUUCUCCAAGAAGUUGUUGCAAUGUUGCGUAGUAUUUGACUUCAUAUCAGACCCUCUGAGUGAUCUAAGAUGGAAGGAGGUGAAGAGGGCUGCACUCAAUGAACUAGUGGAAUAUGUUACUCAUCAAAGAGGGGUCAUUACUGAAGCCAUCUACCCUGAGGCCGUCCAAAUGUUUGCAAUCAACAUGUUCCGAACGUUGCCACCCCCUUCCAAUCCCCAUGGUGCUGAGUUUGACCCGGAAGAAGAUGAACCAACGUUAGAAGCAGCGUGGCCUCAUUUGCAGCUUGUGUACGAAUAUUUUUUGCGGUUUCUAGAAUCACCUGAUUUCCAACCCAACAUAGCAAAGAAGCACAUCGAUCAGAAAUUUGUUUUGGCGCUCUUGGAAUUAUUCGAUAGUGAAGAUCCAAGGGAGCGGGAUUUCCUCAAGACAACGUUACAUAGGAUAUACGGCAAGUUCUUAGGACUUAGGGCAUACAUACGCAAGCAAAUCAACAACAUUUUCUACAGGUUUGUGUAUGAAACAGAGCACCACAAUGGUAUUGCAGAACUUCUAGAAAUUCUUGGCAGCAUCAUCAAUGGAUUUGCAUUGCCUUUGAAAGAUGAGCACAAGACAUUCUUGCUAAAAGUCUUAAUGCCUCUCCAUAAAGCCAAGUCCCUUAGUGUUUAUCACCCCCAGCUAGCAUACUGUGUAGUUCAAUUCUUAGAGAAAGAUCCAUCAUUAACAGAAUCGGUCUUGAUGCUUUUAUUGAAAUUCUGGCCCAAGGUCCAUAGUCCCAAAGAGGUGAUGUUUCUCAAUGAAUUAGAAGAAAUUCUUGAUGUAAUAGAGCCUCUUGAGUUCCAGAAAGUAAUGAAACCUCUAUUCCAGCAGCUAGCCAACUGCGUCUCAAGCCCACAUUUCCAGGUUGCAGAACGAGCGUUGUAUUAUUGGAACAACGAGUACAUAAUGAGCUUAAUAAGUGACAAUGAUGAGACCAUACUACCCAUCAUGUUUCCAGCAUUGUACAAGAAUUCCAAGACACAUUGGAACAAAACCAUCAACGGCCUGAUCUACAACGCUCUGAAGCUUUUCAUGGAAAUCAAUCAGAAACGCUUUGAUGAAUGCAUGCAGAGGUACAAAGAUGAAAUACAAUUGGAGAAAGAUAAGCUGCAGAAGAUGGAUGAGAUAUGGAAUAAAUUAGAAUCCAAAGCAAGAUCAAAUCCAUUGUAUCCCAAAGUGGGUUUAACUGGACCCAAUAGUAUGGCUGGAAGCAUUAACAGCCCCGACAUGGAGAUGGACUCUGAGGCCGAACUCAAAGAACACAUUAAGAAUGAGGCUGCUGAAGGAGUACCCGGAGGUAGGAAGGAUUCCAAGCCCCUGCUGAGACGGAAAUCGGAGCUUCCAAGGGAUGCCUUCACCAUCAAGGCCAUUGGCUCCCACAAACGCCAUGAGGAAUUCCUCAUCUCGUCACCCGAGACCAAUAGUUGAGUCUUACUCCACCAGCCCUCGUACUUGGGUCUUAUUUUGUCUGUUCAUGAUCCAAAAUUUCCCCUUUUUUGGAUCUUUUAUACUGGCCCUGUCCAAACCCAUCCCCCCAACCCCCCCCCCCCCCCGGAAACCCAUGAAGCCCAGAGUCCUGUUUUAUAAUGACUUGUUGUAAUAGAUUAGCAAAUGCACAAUUUCUGUAACAAAUGAACCAUCAGCCAAUCAGAUUGAAGGAUUUUAGUAGCUUUUAACAGAAAUUGUAAAUUUGUUACUGUAACAAGUUUUAUGAAACCGACCCCAGAUCUGCAUUGCAUAUGAACGCAUUUUACUCUUCUCAUAUAUGAUUCUUUGGAGGAAGUUUUCUUGAUAUUACUGUGCCUCCACAAUUCUGUAUCAUUUCCUUUUAUGCAUUCCUCUUUGAAAAAAAAAAAAUCUUGUUUUGUUUCUUUGCAUCUGGCCCCCAUUCAAAUCACGAUGUUGAAACAUGUACAUCCUGAUUGCUCCGUGCCAUCCUCUAUUUUCUACCAUGCGUUCAUCCAGUGCCAUUCAUUCUUGUCCUCUUUGGGGCUCUGUCCAUUUGAUAUUAAAAAAAAAAGGAGUUUUUACAAAGUCUUUUGUAAAUAAUGCAAAGAAAGUAUACUUUGUCUUUGAAUUGGAAAUGAAUUAUAUGUAGCAAUGUAGUUCAUCGGCCUUGAAGAGGCCAGCUCUGACGAUCAUGUUUAUCGAUUCCUACAUUGGGAUGACUUCAGGGCAAAUAUGUAUAUGGAAUCCUAUUUUUGUAGUGCUGAAUAACACUGACUGAUUUUAAGCUGUUUGAACGGCUUUAUUUUGUGUACACCGCUACCAUGUAGUUAUAUUCUGGGUAAUAUAGUUACAUGCUGGCUUUGUGUGAAUUACAAUGAACAUGUUGCAUUUCACUGCUUGUUAUUAGAGUCAUUUCUGGAAAGAGUUAACAUUGACUUCUUUUGCAGUCUACGCCCGCUGCAGCAGCUGUCCAUAUGAAAGAUAAAUUGUAAUUUAUUGAAAAAGAAAAUCCCUCUGAGAGUCUCUCGUAGAAAAGAAUCAAUGCUUGUAUGUGGAUUGUUGAUUCUAUUUGGCGAAUCUUAUUGCCUUUACCAAUGUAGUGCUUUAUUUAUCUACCUGAGUUUGCCUAAGAUGGGAUCUUCUCUUUCCAAAGACAUUCAUGUAGCAGGGAAGGAGUGUUAGGUAAGCUUCUUCUAGACUAGGGUUAGGAGUGUUAUUUUAUUUUAAAGGAAAAAAAUGACUGGAAAUGAUCACAUUUUGCUUACUCUCAAGAUUGAAUUGAGUGGCAUUUGUUUAAUUGGUUUGUUUGUAACUACCUGUCAUAUAAUAUGGGUAUCAUAUGAUCUCACUCGAUCAAAUAUAUCAUCCAAUUAUAAAAGGAUUCAUCUCAUCUUACGUUGUUUUGUCAAAAUAUAUUUUUGAUAUAGACACAGGAUCAAGGUGAGUGACCUUCAUUUUUGUGAUACUAAUAUGUACACACACAAAAGGAGAUGGAUCAUUCAUUCGUGAAACUAAAGAAGCUGAGACUUGCAUCCUUUUUAUAACUGGUUAUUAGAAAUUUGGUCAGGAAGGUUAGUGAUUUCUUGUUGAUAUGUGUAUAAAAGAAAUUAAAAAAACUAUGAAUAUGUCUACUGUAUUGGAUGUUGAGUUUGUGUAACAAAGUGCCUAAUUACAUCCCUGCUAUAUAUGUAGAUCAGUGUUCCAGCCUGUGCUAGUUCUACAUGUCAUUAAACGGUUCCUAGUAUUGUCUUCUCUCUCAACUGAUCAUGUUACCAUGUAGAGAUUCUAUUUUUGAGAUGGUAGCAAAUUUCAUGUCAAGCUGCACCAACAUUUUCUAGUUGAAAUACUUGAUGGUAGCACCUGUGUUAGUAGACCCAACAGAAAAAAAGUUAGUAUUUAUGGGCUGUUGAAAAUGAUAUCAAAUAAAAUUCAUGCAUAAAGGUUUGUACUUUUUCUGAUAGCCCCCCCCCCACACCACCAAUUAAAUCACAAAAAAAUGCAUUCUAUUUGUGUCAGCAUUUCUACAACAUUUAUACAAAGGAUGAAAACUCAAUCUAGUAAGUUUAUGGAUUCGGUAUGCUACAUAUUUUUUGCUGUCAGUCAAAAGGUGGUGCUUACAUUUUAAAUGAGUUAUUCUGUUGGUUCUCAUCAUAUGCUAUGCUUUAAUUAGUAUUAUUGUUAUCACUGGUACCACUAUGCACUAUUCAGGGUCAUUGCAAGAAACGUUUGGUUGUUUUUACACUUGAAUUAGUGCACAAAAUCAGUGUCUGUUUCUUUGUUUAGAUGUAUGUGUUGUUUACAUACCUUAUACCAAAAAUACCCAAUCUUUAUUUACAUUGUAGAAGAAAAUCACCUUUUAUGAAGUGUUAUUAUAAAGAUAUAGAUCAACAUAAGUGGUUAUUAGUUCUACACAUUAAUGUGGAUAUAAAAAGUAAUUAUACCUAGAGAAUCACUCUUUAUAUACACCUAAAAGCAUUUAUGAUAAGGCCAGUUGUAAAAGAUAUACAGUGUUUUGUUUUUAUAUUAUUUAGAUGAGAACACUAGAGAUGAAAAGAAUCUAUAAUCCAAGAGAAAAUGGGCAUAUCUUGCAAAUGUCAAAUUUUAUUAUACUUGUACUGGAUUUUUGUAAGAUUGUGCUGGUAUUCUAUUCUGUUGAUUUUUUUAGACGCCUCCAGUAUUUCUUUUUAGGAGAAAUGAGUGACCCAUCAAUCAGUAUAUGCAAGUUAUGAAGUAGCUCUUUUAGGAUUUAUUCUUUUUUAAGAAAAAUAAAUUAUUUGUCGUGAAGAGGUUAUGAUGAACAAAGUGAAAGUAGCAACAGACUUUGGCAGUGUACUUUUUAAAAUAAUUACAGUUAUUUAUAGAAAACUGAUAAUUAGUUCAUAUUGAGAAUACAUUAAUGGUUUGCAGCUGUUUUCUUUGUUUUAAUAGGGUACUCUUUCAUGGGGGGGGGGGUGGGUGUGAAAAAAACUUUGCUAUUUUAGAGCAUUAAUUGUAAAAUGCACAUUUGGUACUUUCAUUAAUUUCCCGGCCUCAAAGUUGAUCUAAUCAGUAUCUUUCUGGAAAACAAAGUAUUUUUUCUAUUCAGGAAGGGAGAAUUGUAUCAGAUUAUUUAGAUGAAUAUUCACAUUUAAUUUAGAAGCAACAUUACCAUAGAGCUAUGUCAGUUCAAUGUUUUGUAUAAAGCACCUUCUAUAAAGGCAGCAAAUUUAUAAUAUAUGCUCCCAUUAGUUUGGGCUGGAUUAUAAAUUUUUAAAUUGUAUUCACUAUUCAGAAUACUUGAUGUGCUUCUGAAAACGUGGCUUUUGAUGUGUACACUUUCUUCAGUCCUCUUUUGAAUUGGGGGAAUAUUUUAAUUUUUCCUUACAGAGGUAACAAUGAGAGUAUAUUUAAAGUGAACAUGCUUCCCCCAUGUUAGGCACCAUUGUAUAUUAUGUAGCAGUGACAAUAAUGUAUAAAAUAUAAAUCUAACAAUGAAGUUGUGAAAUGUGGUUGAUGAUGAUAUCCAUUUGUGCUUUGUGAAUGAGAAAAAAACAAACAAAAAUA